UUCCUAAUAAUAAUAAUUUUAAGCUUAACCAACUGUACACUCUUCACUCGGUUCUUUACCUUUUCUUUUUGCUGUUGAUGCGCACUUGUUGUUAUUCAUUUCUCAAAUUCGUCUGGAAGGCGUAAGAUCGUUCGUGAUGACGUCACCAAAACAAGUGUUAAAGAGCGUCGGACCGAAAUUCGUCCCUUUCUUCAAGACGCUGGCCAUCUAUUUCGUCGUUUUCAUUCCGGAGGAGAAUCCUUCGCUUCUGGCCAUGUUUAUUAAAUGUUUGCCCAUCCUAAGUCUCCUACUCUUCGUGCUAAUGCACGGUAUGAGUCUUGGCAAUGAGUACACGUUUUCGCGUCGCAUUUUGAUCGGCCUCAUCUUUUCCUGCUUGGGCGACGGCCUGCUCGUCUGGCGUGAAUUUUUCCUCUACGGCAUGCUCGCUUUCGGCGUCGGUCACAUCUUUUUCAUCUCGGCUUUUGGUUUCAAGCCGCUCAACAUCCGCUUGGGUAUUCCGCUCUACAUCGCCUCAAUGCUCGGUUUCUCCAUCUGGCUGCCGCAACAAGCACUGAUUUACAAGCUGACCGUCCCUAUUUACACGGCACUCCUCGUGACAAUGGCGUGGAGAGCCACAGCCCGUGUCCGCUUCUUUGAGGAUCUGUGGACUUGGACCAAACUUUGCUCAUGUGUCGGAGGGUUCCUCUUCGUUAUAUCCGAUUCGAUCAUCGGUUUCCACAUGUUUUAUUCGCCCAUUCCUUACGGCCAAGUGUUGAUAAUGACGACUUACUACGCUGCCCAACUAGGCAUCGCACUCAGCGUUGUCGAUUCGAAAGCGAGUUACAUCCGGGAGGAAGAAGAAAGCCGGAAGAGACAGUUGCUAUUGGACGAAUCAGAGCAGGAACAAGAAUCGAUAAUCGGAGAGGGCACCGACCUCCGCCACAGACGACUGGGCACUGUUGGACAUUAAACGAAGGUCAUCUCAUUUGCAUUCCGAAUGCCGAAAAAAGGAAAAAACAGACGACCUGUAACAAAUUUUGAAUAAUUCAUUAAUCGUCUAGUCUUUUUUUUCUAGUUGUGAUUUAAUCAGAAUCCAUUAGGUUUUCUAAAUUCGGAUAAGUAACACGUUAUAUCUUGACCCAUAGUUGAAUUGUUAAAGGACCUGCGAAAUAUCUCUAUUACAAAGAAAGUACUGACUUCAA